CCUGAAGCAGACGCUGGACACCCUCCCUCAGCUCAUGCCGCCAAUAAAAGCCCCCAGAAGACAGCUUGUCGCCUCUUGGUGCCACACACCACCACCCAACCCCUCACGGGGGAAGGAGCGGGGACGGCGCCGCGGCCAACGGUUCCCCAACGGUCCCCCAACGGCCGCGGCGCGCUCCCCGUCAGGCGCGCCUCCCGCCUGCAAGGCCUGCGAGCUGUCCUGCAGGCAGAUGGGCACCAGCUGAUUCUAGAGGAGGUACCAGACUGGAAUACUGUAGAACUCAUAGUAAAUGGGGAACUAUUUCGCUGCAACAUCAAUGACCUGGAUUUUGGAGGUGAUGGCAAGUUGGAUCCACUCUGUGAAGAAGCCAGAAAAGCAGUGUUAAAUGCUUACUAAUUUAUAGGUUCACAUUCUCUUUUACCUUGUUUUUCUGUCAGGCAAUUUACUUGCAUUACAAAAGUAUUAGAAGUUUUACAAUACAGUUGGCUCUUCAUGCUUCUGUCUCUCUUUGUGUGUCAUCCAGACAGGAAUAUACAUCCUUUUCCAUAAGCUGUCAUGUGUUACCACCCUGAAUGUCAAAAAUUCAUACAGAACUGUGACUAACAAGUAGUUCUAAUAAUUUGAUUUUAAUUAAAAGAAGAAUGAAAUU